AUAAACCACAAAUGUGGGGAAGUAGGCUGCCUGAAACUACUGUGAUUACAUCUUUUGUAGACGAGCACAGUUCUUGCUUUCUCGUCAAAAUGAACGGACCCGUGGAGCUUUCAAAACGCUAAGGUAACCCCACGUUUCAGAAACAUAACAUCCAACUCCAGGUUUCUGUAUUUGGAGAACAGACCUUCGAGGAUGAAGAUGAAACACAGAUUAGCAUGCCACUACUAUGUAGGCAUUCUGAUAGUUGGACAUUUCUCUAUCGGAAUACAGAUAUGAUGAGCUUUAUACACUUUUUCACAAAAGGCACAAAAAUAAUUCCAUUGGACAGUUACAAAUAUGGCAUUCCUUGGCGGAGGUACUGUCAGUCAAUCUUGUUGUCAUGAAGCCUAUAAUCUCCAUUUAGCUGUCAUCACCUAGGCUUAAAAGAAGGUGAGGUUUCAAAACCGCUCUGUUGUGAAGACCUAUUUGAAGACAUUUGCAAGCUGCUACUGGGAAUAGAGAGACAGAGAGAUGGAGCCCCUGGUCAGUCCCCUCCCAAUACACGGAAACUCAGUUCAGCAGAGGUGGCUCUCCUGCUGCUCUUUACGCACCCUUCAGACGUGGAUCCCCAUUCUCACCUGGCUUCCCAAAUACAACCUCAGAUGGCUGCAGAUGGACAUCAUUGCAGGGGCCACAGUAGGCCUCACCACGGUACCACAGGCUCUGGCCUAUGCAGAGGUGGCGGGCCUACCUGUACAGUACGGCUUAUACUCCGCUUUCAUGGGUGGUUUUUUCUACUGUGUCUUGGGCACGUCGAAGGAUGUGACCCUGGGUCCCACAGCCAUCAUGUCCCUACUGUGUUCCUUCUUCAUUGAGGGGGACCCUGUCUAUGCUGUACUGCUGACCUUCCUGUGUGGGGUCAUCCAGGCUUCAAUGGCACUCCUCAAACUAGGGUUUCUCUUAGACUUCAUCUCCUACCCUGUCAUCAAGGGCUUCACUGCUGCUGCAGCAGUUACAAUAGGAUUUGGCCAGGUUAAGAAUCUUCUAGGACUGAAGAAUGUCCCUCGUCAGUUCUUCUUCCAGCUUUACUACACCUUCCAGAAGAUUCCAGAGGCAAGGUUGGGUGAUGUAGUUCUGGGUGUCUCCUGUAUGGUCCUGUUGAUAGUUCUGAUGAAGAUGAAGAGUACUCUUCCACCCCUCUCAGAAGAGCACACAGCAACUGUCAGAGCUGCUCACAAACUGGUAUUGAGCGCUGCUACAGUCCGAAACGCAUUGGUGGUUGUUGGUGCAGCCAUUAUGGCCUUUGCCCUGGAGGCCCCCAACCGUCACUAUUUCACUCUCACUGGGAAAACCUCCAAGGGUCUCCCACCAUUUAGGCCUCCACCCUUCUCUGAAAUCACACCAAAUGGGACGAUAAUAUCGUUCACUGACAUGGUGCUGGAUAUUGGUGGGGGUUUGGCUAUUGUACCUUUGAUGGGUGUGUUGGAAAGCAUUGCAAUUGCUAAAGCCUUUGGGAGUCAGAAUAAUUAUCGCAUUGAUCCAAAUCAGGAACUUUUUGCCAUUGGGGUCACCAACAUCAUGGGGUCUUUUGUCUCUGCAUAUCCUGUCACUGGGAGUUUUGGAAGGACUGCAGUUAACUCUCAGACAGGGGUGUGUACCCCAGCAGGGGGUGUCAUCACAGGUGUGAUCGUGCUGCUCUCGCUGGCCUAUCUCAUGCCAGUGUUCUACUACAUUCCUAAAGCCUCUCUGGCUGCUGUCAUCAUAUGUGCCGUCACACCCUUGUUUGAUUACCACCACGUGAUACAACUGUGGAGGGUCAAAAAGCUGGACCUGGUACCCUUCAUGGUGACGUUUCUGGUGAGCUUCUGGGAGAUCCAGUACGGCAUUGUGGGAGGGCUCCUGGUGUCUGGGGCCAUGCUGCUGUACAAUGAGGCCAGACCCAAAAUAAAGGUUACUGACCAUGACUUCCUGCUGAUGGAGCUGGACAGUGGGCUUAGCUACCCAGCCGCUGAGCACCUAAGCCAUGUGAUCUACAACCAUGCACUUCUGGUGUGUCCCCCUCGCUCUGUGGUGUUGGACUGUCACCAUGUCAGCAGGAUUGAUUUCACCGUGGUGAAUGAGGUCAGGGACCUCAUCCAACAAUUCAGACUUCAAAAUGUCACUCUGAUCUUCUCAGGAUUAAAGGACUGUCUUCUUGAGGUUUUUAAAGCAGCAGACCUAGAACUGCAGCAUACGGACAGUGUUGAAGCUGCGGGGGCAAGCCUGUUGGGUAAUACUCACCACGACCGAGGGCCUGUUGGGUAACACUCACCACGACUGAAAGACUGUUGGGUAACACUCACCAUGACUGAACGCCUGUUGGGUAAUACUCACCACGACUGAAAUCCUGUUGGGUAACACUCACCAUGACUGAAAGACUGUUGGGUAACACUCACCACGACCGAGGGCCUGUUGGGUAAUACUCACCACGACCGAGGGCCUGUUGGGUAAGACUCACCACGACUGAAAGCCCUAACAUCCAAGCAAGAUUUCUAGCACUAGCCAGAGUGCCUUAGGAGUGCCUAAAAUGAAUGUUGCAAUAAAUGAUCCUAUAGUCUUUACUGAAGAUGAUCAGUAUUUAAUUUGAUUCACACACUAUGCUGACUGAAGUUUCAUUGAUCGUAUCUGAUCAGCUAUUUCAGUGAACAGUGUAAUUGGUUUCCAACGGCUUAGUGAUGAGACUUUUGAUAACAUGAAUGUAUGAAUACUUGAAAAAUGAAUCCUUAACUAGCCUAUCUGUGAUAUGACACUACAAACUGUGGUAGUGUCUGUAAAAUAAUCAUGUCAUUAGCAAUCAACUGUAAACUUAUCAAAUGUGGUGUUGAUGAUAACCUAAUAGUAACGUAAGUAACACAGUAACGUCCAUUGCUUGUUGCUCUUUAUAAGGGAGGUUUUAUUAAUUAUACUCAUAUUUAUGCAAUGGUGAAGUGGAUGAUACCAAUGACGAUAUUUUGAUGUUAGUUACCAACGUUCUACGGAAGCCUAAGAUCAACAAAGUGUGUUUUUUCCCCAUUGUGUUUACAUAGCGGCUGUUCUUUUGUAAAUUCCAUGAAACUGGGUCAUAUUACUCGUUUUUUUUUUUUACAUCAAUUUGUUUAGCCAUGUUAGUGUAGUAGACCUGGCCAAGUUGGACUCCAAACAAAGCAGUAUGGGAAAUGUAGUGGAUACUAACAAUGAACAAUAUUUAGAAACUGACCAAUUUUCAGUUAUUAAACUAGCAUUAUAUGAUAAAUGAGUACUCAAUGUUAAUGUACUGGACGGAAAUCGUUGUAGCUUGAUUGCCCGAAUACUUGAGUACUUGAAUACUCAAGUAAUCUAUGCAUCCCCUAGUGGGAUUUGAGAGAUGGGAUUGAAGGGCAGUUUUCCUCAUUUUAUGUUGAAGGCUAUGAGUUUUCUUUUUUUUUAUUUCAUUUUUCUACACUUUAUAUUUUUUGAGAUCUUAAAGAAACACUAAACUUAAAACAUUUUUCCCCAUAGACUAACAUUGGGCCAUUGUGACAUCAUAAUCAGCUAAUUAAACUUGUUUGCAACUGUGUUUCACUGACACCUGCGCUAAUUUCAAGGCUUCCUUACGAUCUAUCUAGAUCUAUCUAUCUAUCUAUCUAUCUAUCUAUCUAUCUAUCUAUCUGUCCCUCUCCAAUUUCCUUUUCUCACACUAUGAAUCACUCCAUUUUCACUCCUGUCCAUCUUUACUCUCUUCACUCUUUUAUCCCUCUGUCCCUCCAUCCCUCUACACUGUAUCAUCUUUCCUUUUUUCUAACUCAAAUAUAUGAGCAUUCUGCAACCUCUCUCUCUCUAUCCCCCUGUCUCUCCUUUUUACCCUAUCAAUAUCUAUCAACACUAUCUCUCUUUCAAUCACUGCUUAGCAACCAUAUUAUCGUAGCGACACAAUAGCAACCACCAAAAGUACCCUAAUGGCACCCUAGCAACCACCUAAGCACCACCUAAACCACCACAAUAACACCUUAGCAAACACCAAAACCGUUCUAGCGACAUCCUAGCAACCGGCAUAGCAACAAACCCAACUACCCUAGCAACACCUUAGCAACCACACUGAAUAACAUAGUGAAUCCCUUGCAACCACUCUUGCCAGAGCUCUGUCAACACUUCACUACAUCUCAAUUUCUUUCUCUCUAUCUUGACCAUCUCUUCAAUAUCUUUGUAUCUCAACUGUAUAUCACCUCUCUCAUUCUUUCACUCUCUCUCUCUCUCUCACUUACUCUCUAUCUAUCUUUAUGUCCUUAUCCCUUUCCCCUUGAUUCAUACGUCAUUAUGAGUUAGUAUUUUACAAAUGUGUGUAUGUACAAUGUAAUUUUUCUGUUGUGCAUUACAAUGGAUCACUGUUGUGAGGUGCAUAUCAGGUACACAACCAAGUUAGCAUCAGAAGUUCUGUGCUACACAUUUUAUUGAUCUAUUUUAUUGAUCACUCUAACCAUACAAAAAUGCUAACAGAUUCUGUUCAUUUUGGGUUAACCUUUU